AUGGCCAGCUGGGUGUUCUGUAACCGCUGCUUCCAGCCGCCCCGGGCGACGUCGAGCUUCAGCCUGACCAGCUGCGGCCACGUGUACUGUGACGCGUGCCUGCGCAAAGGUGAAAGGGAUGAAUGCUUGAUUUGUAAAGUUGCUUGUCGUACAGUUCUACUUUCGAAACAUACGGACUCCGACAUCCAGGCGCUCUUCAUGGGCAUAGACGGCCUGUGUAGGAAGUACGCCAAGGAGACCUCCCAGAUCUCAGAAUUUCAAGAAAAGCACAGAAGAAGACUGUUAGCCUUCUACGGAGAAAAGAUUUCUCAGUUGGAGGAGUCCCUCAGGAAGUCGACACUGCGGGUGGAGCAGCUGCAGAGGGUGAGGUCAUCACAACAAACAGCUUUCAGCACAGUAAAAACUGCAGUUUCAACACCUUCUGCAAAGCCGAGUGGACCUCUUCUGUUCCAGCCCCGUGGCUCAUCAGCCUCUGAGAGGGCAGAGUCCAUGGAAGUCGACUUCACGCCCUCUCCGAGGAGAAAGCCUGAGGUCGCCACUGGCCCACCGAGGAUCUCCCUGCUCAGCCCACCUCGGGACGGACGCAUGGGCAGCAUCGCCCACCGCCCUCAGCACCUUGGCCUGACGCCCCGAUGCUCCAGCGAGCCUCAGGCGCCCAGGAUCCCGGCCCUGCAGAUGCCCCGUGAGUGGCCAAGGCAGAGCCCGGAGCCGGCGGGGGGCAGAGGGGCAGCACCCAGGCAGCCCAUCAGCGUCCCAGGGCUGAUGCAGAGGCAGCGUCCAGGGGGCCGCCGCGUGAGGGGGCGGGUCAGAGCCGACGGCCUUGGCCUGCCUGGGCCCCACGUGUCCUGGCAGCUCAGACCUGUGCCGUCCUGCCUGGUGGCCGGUGGCCUAGGGGUGGCCAGUGGCCUAGAGGUGGCCAUGUCCAGGGACAGCCAGGCCUGCCUGGUGUGGCAGCCACACUUGGCCAGGCACAUCACAUCCUACAUGUCUCUGAGGCCAGACCCUCCCAGGGAGAUCUCAGAGGGCGCCCAGCGUCUGCCCCUCCUGCCGCCCCCGCGAGCCGCCCCUGGAGGGUGUCCCAGCCCCUCUGCCCGCACGGCCCCUGGGGUCCGGGAUCCGCUGCCAUCAGGCGUCCCGGGCAUCACCCGUCUGAGACAAAGCCGAGAAUGGCUGGCAGAAGCCUCGCUUUAG